AGCUGAGCCCGGGUAUCUCAUUUGGGUGUAACUAAGGAAAGGCGGUCCUCGUUCUUACUGAAUUAAAAUACAGUGCUCAGGAAAGAGACGACUACAUUUCUAUUUGGUCCAUCCUGGCGACUAAGGAAACAGAAUUGCAAGCUUCCUGACACUUUGGCACGGCGACGUAGCCUGGUGUGUGGGAAAAUGGCCCAGCAUUAAAUACGCCUAGUGUCAAAAACCAAAAGCCUGCCAUGGCUUCCGGAGGAGAAAGAGGAAUGGAAGGCUCUUCAGACGUGUUCAGUCUGGGGAAGGACACAGAGCAAGUAAUGUUGGCUAAUGUUUCAAGUGAACAAAGCUUUUACGAUAUCCAAAAUCCAGAGCUACAAAAAUGCAUGGAAGAGAUAACAGAUUUAAUUAUGGAAGCAAUACCUAAAGCAGAAUAUGUCAGUUUGCUAAAUGAUUAUGUGGAAUCGGAGUUUUUUAUGAUUGAUGGUGAUUCACUGUUCAUCACUUGUGCAAGAGAACUAACAUUACACCAAGGACAGAAUCUGCACUUCUUUUACCUGGUGGAACGCUUUCUCCAGGAUUUAACAAGCAAAGGAGCAAAAUAUGUCCUUGUUUUCUUUAAGGAUGCAGAACAUAUAUAUUACAGAAAUCCUGAUCUUCUUUCUUUGCGAACUGCAUUGAUUAUUCAUCUGAGAAAUUACACUCAAACUCCUGUACAUGCUGAGUUUUCUAACUGCUUAGUCAGCAGCUGGCAGAAUUUUCUGGAAGAGAACAAUCCAUAUUUCUUAAUAAUUGCUGAUGAAGGUCUGGAUCAAUUGCAGACCAAUUUUCUCCAUAUAUGUAUUAUUCACACUUUAUCAAAGAAAAUCAACAUUGUACUUACUUCAGGACAACAAUCAGAUGCAAUCAGAAUUUAUGGAUAUCAUAUCCAUAAUGUAUACGAUCAGUGGCAUUUUUUUCAACAGCAUAAAACAAAAAUUAAGAAUUUGUACCAAACAUUGCUCACAUAUAUGGAGAGAUCUAGUUCAGAAGCAUCCCUUUCUCUUUCUGGAUAUCCAAGUCUGGAAACUUUGGCAACAAAGAUUCAUGCAAAAAUUACCUCACUUGAGGAGAUAGAAGAGCUCCGAUAUAUUGUCUGUAUUGUCACCUGUUCGCUGAUUUUGGAAAAGUACAAUCAAGAUAAUCAAACUUCUGUGAAACAGACAAAACCUGCAUUAACGCUGCAAGAAGCUGAAGACCUACUUAGGAUGUAUUGCCUCAGUGUGGUUUUUCUUCAUCACGUGCCCCUUUCACAGCGAGCUCAGAUUAGAUUAAUCAAAAAUAAAUGGAAUGAAGAAACAUUCAUGUUUAUUCAACAGCAUAAACUUUGUGAAUCUGUUGUUUUGAAAAAUCUUACUACUCAAACAUCAUGGAAGAUUGAUUUUUCUGUCCUUCCUGAUUUAAGCGAUAAUCUCUUGUGGAAAAACAUUGCAUUUUAUUAUGAAGCAGAAAAACAUUCAGGGUUUGAUUUGGAUAUAGGAACAAAAAUAGAAAGAGAUUAUGAACUUUUGUGGAAACAUAUUAUAACACUGUUGGGAACAUUCAGAAUUGGAAAUUCUUUUCCUCUGCGUAUAACUACUAAACAUUUUCUUGAAGACAAGUGUUUAACUAGCAAAGGCAAGGAACUGAAGAAGACAUUUCCUAAUCCAGGAUUAAUACCAAUUACGAAUACCUUAGUGAAUGCAUUUACUGGAGAUAUUUUAACUGAUCUGCCAUUUUUAAAAAGUGAUGAUCCGGUGGUUGUCUCAUUAAAAAAACAGAAAGAUUUUGAUGAGCUUCUGCACUGGCAUUCAAGGAGACCUCUCAGUGAUGAUUAUGACAGGACCAAGGGAGACUUUGAUGCCAACGACCCAUGGGCUCUACGAAAACGACAACAAUUGCAAACAUUUCAGCGUUUUUAUGGGCAAUCACUGGAAGGUAUCAAAUCAAAAACAAUUGUUACUCGGGCAGAUAACCCAAAGAAGGUUUAUACUGAUGCCAAAAAGAGCAAGAAAAUGCAUAAGACAAAAGCAGAAAUGAUUGUUGAGGAAAAUCAGAAAAGGAGACAAGCUGAAGAAAACAAAAAAGAAGAGCGUCGUUGGGCUGUACUUUCAGUGACAAUUGAAGAAAAAAUUAAAGAGAAUAUGACCUCUGGCAUGAAGUGCCUGCAGGAAUUUCUGAAAAAUUGUCAAAGUGCACUGGUGAAAUGUACUGCUGAAAUGGCAGCACUGAAUAUUUGCUUUGGCACGUGGAUGGAAUGCUGUGAUAAAGGUAAAAUCUCCGCAAAUUUAGAUGAAGCAGUUGGAGUUAUGAGAAUUAUUCACUCAGUGCUUAUAAAUUAUGAUGAUUUAUUGAAGGAGACUGAUUUCCAACAGAUUGGCAAAUACCUCAGGGCCCUUGGAUUUGACAACUUGGCUGUUACCUUAAAAUAUGUCAAGGAUUUGGAAGAUGAGGGAAAGAAACCAAAAAGGAAGGUUUCAAAAUAUGCUGUUGGCGUUGGGUCCUCUCGCUUUCAGUUACAGUAUAUGGGUCCCUAUCUCAUACGGGAAGAGAGAAAAGAUCCUGAUCCCAGAGUGCAACAUUUUAUUCCAGAUACAUGGCAGAGGGAACUUCUUGACAUUGUGGAUAAUAAUGAGUCUGCAGUAAUUGUUGCUCCGACAUCAUCAGGAAAAACAUAUGCUUCUUACUACUGCAUGGAGAAAAUCCUGAGAGAGAGUGAUGAUGGUGUGGUUGUGUAUGUUGCCCCUACAAAGGCUCUUGUAAAUCAAGUAUGGGCUACCAUUGAUAAUCGAUUUAACAAAGCACUGCCCUCUGGCCUGACAGUCUGUGGUGUUUUCACACGAGAUUAUCGCCAUGAUGCUUUAAAUAGUCAGAUACUGGUAACAGUUCCUCAAUGUUUAGAAAUCUUACUUCUUUCGCCUCAUCGCCAAAAGUGGGCCCAAAAGAUAAGAUAUGUUAUAUUUGAUGAGGUCCACUGUCUUGGAGGUGAAAUUGGUGCAGAAGUUUGGGAGCAUCUCCUAGUUAUGAUUCGAUGUCCAUUUUUGGCUCUUUCUGCAACUAUUAGCAACCCAAAACAUCUCACUGAAUGGCUACAGUCAGUAAAGAGAUACUGGCAACACACUGAAGCUCAACUAGCACAGAAUUCCACAGCUGUUAAAAAAGGGGCAAAAGGAAAGAAAAGCACUGGAAAGCAAAAGGAAUCAUACAAAGUUAAAUUAGUGGAGUAUAAAGAGAGAUACAAUGAUUUAGAAAAAUAUGUAUGUUCCCUGAAGAAUGAUGACUUUGCUAUUGAUCACUAUCAUCCCUGUGCUGCAGUGACUGUGGACCAUAUUGAGAAAUAUGGUUUCCCCUUGGACCUUUCUCUGUCUCCUCGAGAAGCUGUUCUGUUGUAUGACACCAUGGUAAAAGUUAGAGAAAACUGGCCAGGAAAACGUGGACUAGAUCCUGAGGAGUUUUUUAAGGACAAGAUUAUAAUCACUAAAACAGAGGCAAGACAGUAUGAGAAACAGUUGAAAGAAGAACUAGAGAUGUGGAUUAAACAUGGCCUCCAAAAUGAGGCAAAAGAAGUGCUACAGCUGCUCAAACCUCAACCUUCUUGCUCUGCUGAAAAAGAGAUGAGAACCAAUUUUCCUCGUUUUGUGGAAAAACUACACCAGAUGGAUAAAUUGCCUGCACUGUUUUUCCUGUUCAAGAUUAAAGCAGUGGAAGAUAGGGCUAAAGAAGUUUGCAAAGCCUUAGAGGAGAAGCAAGAGAACAAACAGAUCCCAGGUUCUGAAAAAGAGCAAUUGUUAACAAAAAAACGUAAAAAGAUUGAAAAGUCUUUGGCAAAUCAGAAAGCUGAUAAAAAAGUCAGCCGUGAAGAUGACAAAACAAUAACUAAGAUAGCUGAACUUGAAAGCUUAAUGGAUCGCCUUGAGAAGAUUGCUGAAAUCCCUUCUGACUGUACAUACGCAAAUGAUCAAGCUGUUGAUAAGGGGGUCUUGUGGAAGAUAAUUGGCCGAACAAGAUUCAUGAAAAAACACAAAGAGCUGCAAAAACUGGCACUUAGAGGCAUUGGGUACCAUCAUGCCUCUUUAGAUCGUAAAGGGAGGCAAAUGGUAGAGAUGCUGUUCAGGAUGGGAUUUAUGCAGUUGGUGACAGCUACGGGAACCCUGGCUUUGGGAAUCAACAUGCCUUGCAAAUCUGUCAUUUUUCUACAGAAUUCUGUGUAUUUGGAUGCUCUGAACUAUAGACAGAUGUCUGGACGUGCUGGCCGGCGUGGUCAAGAUUUGCUGGGAAAUGUCUUUUUCUAUGACAUCCCUUUGCCCAAAAUACAGAAGCUCAUGAAAUCAAAUGUACCUGAACUUCGAGGACAGUUUCCUCUGACUAUUUCUCUGAUCUUGAGAGUCAUGCUCUUGGCUUCAAAAGCAGAUGACAAAGAGGAUGCACAAGCAAAGGCUUUGUCAUUACUGAAGCAUUCACUUCUGUCCUUCAAGCAACCUAGAGCCCUGGCAAUGUUAAAGCUCUAUUUUUUAUUUUCUUUACAGUUUCUUGUGAAGGAGGGCUAUGUUGAUCGUGAUGGUAAUACUACCGGGUUUUCUGGACUUGUCACCCACUUGCAUUAUCAUGAGCCUUCCAAUAUUGUCCUAGUUGAAUUUCUUGUGAAGGGCUUGUUUCACAAGCUGUGUCAGCGGAGCAAGGAAGGGUCAAGGCUUUUUUCUGAAACUGUGAUGGAAAAGUUAGUGCUAGUAUUGGCACAUCUCUUUGGAAGAAAACACAUACCAGCUGCUGUUGUGAAUUCUAAAAGGAAAUUUUACCAAUCAAAGGUGUUUCUUGAAGACCUUCCUGAAGAUUUUGCUGCUGCUUUGCAUGAAUACAACUGCAAAAUACAAGAAAACUUCGGGCAAUUUCUACAAAAAGUUUCUACAAUGGCUGAUAUGAAACAAGAAUAUCAGCUUCCCCUUUCAGAACUUGAUUUUUCAGGUACAGAACAGCUUGAAUCUCAGCUUGCAGGUCAUCUCAUGAGCUGCAGUGAAGGAAGGACAGCUGUUUCGCCCUUUGUGUGCCUUUCAGGAAAUACAGAACUUGAUUUACUGAAUGCAGACACUCUUGGCAGUGUCAUAUUGCGUACAAUAGGUAUUACUGCUGCAAACCUACCAGUCCUCUGUUCAAAAAUGCAUGAUAAUCAAGGAAGACUUAUGCCACUUAAUGCGUAUGUUCUUGAUUUCUACAAACAUGGAUCUUUGGCAGCUAUGGCACAGGAUAACAGCCUGCAUGAAGGAGAGGCUUAUUAUUUGCUGAGAGACUUCGCCCUUGUUCUUAAAGCCAUCAGUGUUUCUUUGGGUGAGCUUUGUGACAAUAAGGAUGAUACUGUUGUGCAAGCAUUCAAACAACUGAGUCAAGAAUACUGGGAGAAACUGGAAAAAACAUAAAGGACAAGGCAGCAAAAGCACUGAUCUGCUGAACAUAUCCAUAUUGAAAGCCUAAGGAACUAAAUUUCCACCAGUGAUUCAAAUUGAACUGUGUAUAAAAUCCAACCCUAAUGCCCUUCCAUUUGCACUGCAGAAUCUUUUGGAAACAAAACAGGGAAAUUCAACUUGCUUUUCUGCUGGUAAAGAAAAGAAUGAUCAUCUUUGACAAAAAAUAAAAGACAAUUAUGGUGUGGAUUAUGGGAUCCGCAUGGACAAAAGCCAUGUGGGAUGGACGCUAUAGUAAAGAUAAGACAAAAUACUUGUUGGAUCGAACUCUCAAAAUACAUAUUUUCUAGAUACAUUUAAAAAACACUUAACUGUACACUUGAAUGAAUCCACUAAGUAACUUAAAUAAGAAAUCUGUCAGAAUUUGUUUUUUAAUCAUUCAGUGGUAUAUAUGGUUCAUAAAUUACUAUAAAAACAAUAUAGCC